UCUCACUUUCUCACUCUUCUUUCUCUCUCUUGAUUUCAUCAUGGCUAAAGACCUCCAAAUCCCAAAUGAUUUCCAGGAAAACCAAUCACCAAACAUGAAUUCUCCUGCUCCAAAUGAAUGCAAAACCCCAAAAUCACCUUCAUUCAGGAUUCCCAAAGUUGUCAAUUGUCCAGGUGCACCUAAGAAAUCCAAAAGGGCAAAACCGUCAUCAUGCAAGAGAAGAUUGCCAUUUGAGAUCGUCGUCGUCGUUGGAGGAGAAGAAAUUGAUUCGUUUUCCAGAAAUGUUGAGAAUGCUAACAAUGGUGGUAACAGGAUCAUGAAAAGGAGACGUACUAUGUAAACUCAAAAAAAAUAUUUUUCGGAAUCAUCUGAUAUCUGAAAUUCAUUUGU